AUGGCCGAUGAUGCAGCUGCAGCAGACGAGCGCCUCUUGCAAAGGCUGAAUGCGCUCAAGCCGUCGACAGUGCGGCUUCAACGUGAGAGGAAACCGCUCGACUUUGAUACUCAGUCCCCAGGGCUAUUCACGUCACCUGGUGUUGAUCCCUCAUUGUACGGAAGCCUUGACGGCGCUUCGGGAAAUUAUACAGAAGAAGAAGAAGGGAUAACUCCUGAGACGCUUUUUGAUGGCGAUGCUAUUGAUGAUCUCAUUGCCAGCCUCGACCAGCCGCACGAUUUGACGCUCCAACCGUCAAAUGAUGGUGCUGAUGAUCAGGUCCGGAGUCUUUUGACUGACGCAAAUGAAUUUGUCAAAGAUACGGGUGGAAAUGGGUUUACAAAAGAUGUUUCUCACCAUGAAACUAAAAUCCAGAAGGAUGAUUGUAUAAAACUUCCCACACAGAAUGACGACGACAACUCCUCAAGCGACGAGGAAAAAGACGAGGCUGAAGCAGCGAGAUACUUAGAAAGCAUUUUGGAUGAGCUCAAUGUACAACAUCUCAGCAAUCCGCAAAAACAGGAUCUUCCCAUCCAAGAGCCAGAACCACACAGUCCCGACAACAACAAUAACAAAGACGACCAGGAUGUCGACGACGCACUGGCACAGAAAUUCGCUGCUCUCUCUCUCCCAUCUGUUCCAGCAGACUUGCCCGGAACCAAAAAAGAUCGCGCGGAAGAGAGAAGAAUACAGACAGAGUUUUGCUGUGUCUGCUAUGAUACCGCGACAACAAAGUGCCUAGAUUGUGAAGGAAACCAAUUCUUUUGCGCUCGCUGCUGGAAAGAAAUGCAUAUUGGUGAGGAGACAGUCUGGGCUGAUCAACCACAUAAAAGUGUCAAAUAUGAACCGUCGUCCAAUUGA